CAACGGUGCUGUUAUAGAGCCGUUAUUUCUGUGUCCGAGGCGUCGCUUUAAAAUGAAAGCGGAUUCAAAUGAACUUGCGCUGAGUUACGGGUCUGAGCUGAGAGGAAUAAUAGCUGCAGGGGGUUACCAAGGUGGUGACGACGCACCGGGCGAUGAAAUAGUGACAGAGAGAAGGUGAAGCCUGUCAGCUGCCAUAAUGGAGAAGUAUGAAAAGCUGGCCAAAAUUGGUGAGGGUUCCUACGGUGUGGUGUUCAAGUGCAGGCACAGAGAGACCGGCCAGAUAGUCGCCAUCAAAAAGUUUGUGGAGUCUGAAGACGACCCAGUUAUUAAGAAGAUUGCACUGCGAGAAAUACGCAUGCUGAAGCAACUCAAACAUGUGAAUUUGGUCAACCUGCUGGAGGUGUUCAGGAGGAAGAGGCGGCUCCACUUAGUGUUUGAGUUCUGUGAGCAGACAGUCCUGAAUGAGCUGGACAAACACCCUCGAGGGGUACCUGAGGCUCAGCUGAAAAGCAUAAUGUGGCAGACUCUGCAGGCUGUCAACUUCUGCCACAAACACAGCUGCAUUCACCGUGAUGUAAAGCCAGAGAACAUCCUCCUCACCAAAACCGGAGUCAUCAAGCUGUGUGACUUUGGCUUCGCCCGCAUUCUGACGGGACCGGAGGAUGAGUACACAGACUACGUAGCGACCCGCUGGUACCGGGCUCCCGAGCUGCUGGUCGGGGACACUCAGUACGGGCCUCCUGUCGACGUGUGGGCUGUGGGCUGCGUCUUUGCCGAGCUGCUCAACGGGAACCCGCUUUGGCCCGGGAAGUCUGACGUUGACCAGCUCUACCUCAUCAGGAAAACUCUGGGUGACCUGAUCCCCCAUCACCAGCAGGUCUUCCACUCCAAUGUUUUCUUCAGUGGAGUUAGCAUUCCUGAGCCUGACACAGUGGAACCUUUGGAAAAGCGCUUCCCUGGCGCGUCUCCUCAUGCCCUUCAGGUUAUGAAGUCAUGCCUGGUGAUGGACCCUUCGCUGCGCCUGUCCUGUGAAGAGCUGCUGGAGCUGCCUUACUUCCAGGAGGAAGGAGGAGCCAACUGGGGCCGGGAGGGGGAACGCCCAGGAAGACGACAUGACAGAGGCUCCCGCCGCAGACAGGCAGGGGCUCAGUACCUGCCUCAGUUACCAAACAGUAACAUCUCACCUGCGCCAGACGUCAAGAAACAAGUGAAGCAAAAGUAUCACCUGCCCAACAUUUAAUGAAUAAAUUCAUCUAGUGAAAUGUGUAAA